GGCGGCGCACAACGCGGAAGCGGCUUCCCGGCGCCGCGGAGACACUCGGGGUCCGUGGGUCGGGUCCCGCCGCCGCUGCCACCACCGCCGUCGCCAUGUCCUCCGACUUCGAGGGCUACGAGCAAGACUUCGCCGUGCUGACGGCCGAGAUCACGGGCCGCAUCGGGAAGGUGCCCAAGCUGCUGGGGGAUGAGAAGAAGCAGCUGAUUGCAAAUGUGGAGAAACAGCUGGAAGAGGCAAGAGAGCUGCUCGAACAGAUGGAGCUUGAAGUCCGAGAGAUCCCGCCUCAAAGCCGAGGAAUGUAUAGCAGCAGAAUGAGGAGCUACAAGCAAGAAAUGGGAAAACUUGAAGCAGAUUUUAAAAGGUCACGGAUCGCCUACAGUGACGAGGUGCGGAAUGAGCUCCUAGGGGAUGAUGGGAAUUCCUCAGAGAACCAGAGGGCACAUCUGCUCGAUAACACAGAGAGGCUGGAAAGGUCAUCUCGGAGACUAGAGGCUGGAUACCAAAUAGCAGUGGAAACCGAACAGAUCGGACAGGAGAUGCUGGAAAACCUCAGCCAUGACAGGGAGAAGAUCCAGCGUGCUCGGGAGAGGCUUAGAGAAACAGAUGCAAACUUGGGGAAGAGCUCCAGGAUCCUAACUGGGAUGUUGCGAAGGAUCAUCCAGAACCGGAUUUUGAUAGUUAUCCUGGCAAUCAUCAUCAUCCUCACCAUCCUGAUGGCUAUUUAUUUUUCUGUCAGGGGACGCUGAGAUCUUUCUUCUUCACUAAAACAGCAAGAAACCGCUUGUUUGGAGUAAUUAAGACAAAGUGGUCACAUGAAUCAUUCUCUUGCACUGACAGUGUCUCCCUCUCUUUCCCGCUAUCAACUCAGGUGCAAGCAGCAUAAAAAUAUUUUGUAUUAUGGAUUGCACGCGGAGUUAAAUUUUUCUUAUAGGUUUGUUGGUUUUUUUGGUCUUAAUAGAAAUGUUUUUGGACUCUUCAUAUUUGUGUUUUUGAUAUACAUUAAUUCUUCCGAAUUAUAUUUGUAUGUCAUGAGCUGCAUUGCACUAUUAAUUCAUAAGUUGCAGGAGUUGUGGGAAGAAGAGUCUAUGUUCUUUUCACGGGUGAUGUUAGGUAUAGGACGAUCUAGCAGGUAUCUGACCUUGCAUGAUAUGAGUAAAAGAGACCAAACGAUGUAGAAACAGAACCUGUCUCCUAUGAAUUACUUCUGUUCAUGAAUCCCCAUAAUAAAUGUGGCCCUGCUAAUACCAAUAUUAUUUUUUUUUAAAAGAGAGAAAGAAAUGGCCUGGCAUUUGAGUUUAUUAACAUCCAGUAUGAAUCUACUACUUGAUUCAAAACUAUUGUUUCCAAAGAAACUUUCCUUACUGCCUGUUAGAAACAUUUCUUCUUUCAGCAAGACCCAGAUGCAAUGCACGCAUUACUUGCCCAAAAUGUAAUAGUGCCCACAGUGCAACGUCUUUGAAUCCGCUCUGAAUCAUUCUAAUGGUAAUGUAUGUGCUGUUAAAUGUAAGCAAUAAUGUAUUUUAAAGAUAUGAAGAUACUUAUCUCUUCAUUUUGACUGACAGAGAACCCAGGUAAUAGUUCAGUAGCAAGUAUAGUAUGAUGACAUUAAAUGAAAACACCAUUUAAGAUUUUGUGCGUUAGUAUGAAUAUGAUGAGAUCACAUGAGGAAAAUGUUUUUAAUGAAGUGUAGCAAACCUAGUGAUUGACUUCUGGAAUCGAAAUGUAAAAAUGCUAAUUUAUACUAACACAAGUUCGUGGUUGGUACAAUAGAUUGAACUCUGUUUAUUAAGAUAUUUGUAAGUGGGAUGUGGUUUUCCCUGCCUAUUUGCUGUGCAUCUUUGACAGAGGUAUCUGUUUUGUUGAUGAGCGUAUCCCUAGCUCUGCCAUGGGUCUUUUUUGUUGUUGUUCUGCACUAAAUGACGUUUCAUGAUAACUUUUAAAGUCAUUACAUGACACCCUUUAUGCACAUUAUGAAUCUGGAGAGCGUUUGAACCCUUGAACUGAAACAUAAACUAAAAAUCUUUUAAGGCAAGGAUUUCAAAGGAACAAAGAUCAGUUAGUGACCCAACUCCCUUUGAAAGUCAAUGUUAGUGAAGCCCCCAACUCAUGUUUCCUCUUUGGAAACCCACAGAUUCUACCUAUAGAUGUAUGUGAGCAAUCCCAUUGACUCGCCUGGUAUCCUUGCACAAGCAGCUGACAGUAGACUGGCCUUACACAUUUAUGGUCUUUUGUACAUGGGCAGAAAUCACUUCUCUAAAAGUCCCAUAAUAUUAACAGCACAGAUAGGACUCGUAAAGCUUAAUAAUGAAAGUCAGGGCAGGAGGAGUCGUGAGGGCAAUGUACUUCUCAAAAAAGGUUGGGCAUGCAUAUGCAUGCAGACGGAUCAUUUAGUGUUGAGUAAAUAGAAUUGCAGUAAUAGCGUAGGGCAAAAUUCAUGCAAAAUGGAACAAGGCUGAAAGCAAAGGGAAAAAGAUGCUGCUGAUACUGGGGAUUUAUC